AUGGGAGAGAAUCCAUGGCAGCCACUUCUUCAGACCUUCGAGAAACUCUCAAACUGCGUGCAAACUCAUCUCUCCAAUUUCAUCAGCGUCAAAACCACUCCUCGUUCGUCAUCCACAAUCCAAAACAACCCCAUCUCAUCAGACUCUUCUGCACCAGUCACAACCAAUAUUUCUACUCUCCAGAAGCUUCCUCUCAAAGACAAGUCUACAGGUCCUGUGACUAAAGAGGAUCUCGGGAAGGCUACUUGGACAUUUCUGCACACACUUGCUGCCCAGUAUCCAGAAAAACCAACAAGGCAGCAAAAGAAGGAUGUUAAAGAACUGAUGGCAAUACUUUCCCGAAUGUACCCUUGUAGAGAAUGUGCUGAUCACUUCAAAGAUAUCCUAAGAUCGAAUCCCCCACAAGCUAGCUCUCAGGAAGAAUUCUCACAGUGGCUUUGCCAUGUACACAACACCGUAAAUAGAAGUUUAGGGAAGUUGGUGUUCCCGUGCGAGAGAGUGGAUGCAAGAUGGGGCAAGUUAGAGUGUGAGCAGAAAAGUUGUGAUCUUCAUGGAACUUCUAUGGACUUCUAAUAUUUUAUGAAUUUACUGUCUAUUUAAUUUACUUCCUUUUUAAUUGAAAUUAGAUUUUGACACGCUUAUUUGUUUUCACUUUUAUAUAUGUAAAUAUAUUUUUGAACAUAAAUAGUAUAUAUUUAAC